UCAGAGCGCACCGGAAGCGGUCCGAAAAUGAAGAAUCCCCCAGGUGUGGUCUACCAUGGCUUUUCUCAGAAAGAGGCAAAGGAGUUCGGUGUUCAGCACUCGGGAGCCCAGCGGUCCGAGGCCUUCGUGAAGGCCUUCCUAAAGCGGAGCACGCCCCGCAUGAGCCAGCAGGCGCGCGAGGACCAGCUGCAGCGCAAGGCCGUCGUCCUGGAGUACUUCACGCGCCGGAAGCGGAAGGAGAAGAAGCAGAAAUCUAAAGGGCUCUCUGCCCGGCAGAGGAGGGAGCUGCGGCUCUUUGACAUAAAGCCAGAGCAGCAGAGGUACAGUCUUUUUCUGCCUCUGCACGAGCUCUGGAAACAGUACAUCAGGGACCUGUGCAACGGUCUCAAGCCAGACACGCAGCCACAGAUGAUUCAGGCCAAGCUGUUAAAGGCAGAUCUUCACGGAGCUGUAAUUUCAGUCACGAAAUCUAAAUGCCCCUCUUACGUGGGAGUUACAGGAAUCCUUCUACAGGAAACAAAGCACGUUUUCAAAAUCAUCACCAAAGAAGACCACCUGAAAGUUAUCCCCAAGCUAAACUGUGUGUUCACUGUGGAAAUCGACGACUUCGUUUCCUACAUUUAUGGGAGCAAAUUCCAGCUUCGAUCCAGUGAGCGGUCUGCGAAGAAGUUCAAGGCAAAGGGAACGGUCGACCUGUGACCUCUUUGCCCCCUCGCUUGUGACAGCUGAAAACCGGAAACUCCCCAAAUGCCCACCUUGCAGUGGAGAGACAGUCACGCCAGUUCUGGUUAUAGAACCCGAGCGGGUGACAGUCAGAGCUGAGGACAUCGACCAACACAGAAGAUGCCCGGUGCGCUGAGCACAGAAGGCGGGGAACGGGGAUUUGCACGUCUGGGUGAGCUCAGCUGCACGUCACUCCCGUGGAGCGAGGAGCGUGGCCGGACACGCCAGGCUCGACACUGGGUGGCUGGAAUAGCAGGAUUAUUAGGUUACCUCUUUUUCAUACGUGUCUGUGUUUCUGAACGUUCUAUGAUGGAUCAGUUGUAACUACUAAUAAAAACACCUGGGCACCAACAGGC